GUAGGUUCACCUUGUUUUGUCAACAGGACUUGGUCAUUCAAAUAUUCCCCAAAGAUCUACAGAGCGUCGAAACACAACGCUACACACCGGCAGCCCUUAUUGGAGCCUCGGGAUUUCAUAGCAGGGCAAGUUAGGCACCCUUCAGGCCGGAUCCAGUUACACCACGGCACAAAGAAGGAGGGAGGGUAAAGGAGACAGAAAGACAGAGAGAAACAGAGGGAGUGAGACUAAAUCUUAGGACAGUUUCAAAGUUGAAGAAGUCACUGGAUUAGAGGGGUAGAGAGGAAGAAGAGGAAGGGCACCCAGGGGCAGAGAGAGAGAGAGAAAGUGUCUGAUCCCAGCACCAGGGAGGGAGGGCAGCGCUGUCUUUGUGCCCUGAUCCUCAUGAGGUGCAUCUGAAUCAGCCAAGAAGGGACAACUGCAUCAUGUGGACAUCUGUCCAGCUUCCUGAGGAAAACACUAAACCAUUGAAUCCCGGGCAGCAAGUGGUUCCACGGCCCGGACGCCACAGAAGGCCCAUGACGGCUCCAAAGACUCAGAGGGACAAAACAUCCAAGAAGAAGAAAGUGGCGCUGACUGUCCUGACAGUUAUAGUGUUGCUGGGUAUACUGGUUACUGCGGCAUAUUUCAUCAAGCAGCUGAUUGACAGCAAAUACUACUUCUGCAAGCGUUCAGUGAAAUUCAUCCCGUUAGAUAAAGCCUGUGAUGGGAUAGAGGACUGUGCUGGAGGAGAGGAUGAAAUCACAUGUGUGUCCAGUUUUAAGGUCAACACCACCUUCCCAGUGCGUCUGACAUCAGAUCGGUGGGUCCUGCAGGUGUACAGUGCAGGUUCAGGAUGGAGGAGUGUGUGUAGUGACGACUGGUCUGAGCACCAUACACAGAAAGCAUGCCAGCAACUGGGAUACACACAUAACCCUCGUAGCAGUACAGUCCCAGUGCAGACCCUAGUAUCCUCCCUGAAAACAGGGCCCUUCACAGCCAUCAGGCCUGGGACCAAGACCACACCCAUACACCAGGCUACCAUCGACCGCAAGGUGUGCAAAUCAGGAUCUGUGAUAUCCUUGAUCUGUUCAGACUGUGGGCAGGUUGGCACCCAGGAUCGCAUUGUUGGGGGAACAGAUGCCGUCAUCGAGGACUGGCCGUGGCAGGUCAGCCUGCAGCAGAAUGGCCAACACACUUGUGGAGGGUCUCUGGUGUCACCGAACUGGGUGGUCACUGCUGCCCACUGCUUUUCAGGAAGUAAGAAAGAACUGAGCCGCUGGAGGGUGGUGUCAGGCAGGACCUACAUGGGCACACUGGGAGGAUCCUAUGUGGACAGGAUUUUACUGAAUGCGGACUACAAUGCAGCACGCAAUGACUAUGACAUUGCAAUGAUAAGACUUAGCAGCCCUAUCACUGUGGGAGCAAGUCGUAAACCAGUCUGCCUGCCUCCUAAAGCCUUGGGGCUUGCUGCUGGAGCCUCAUUGGUGGUGACAGGUUGGGGAUACCUGGAGGAACAAGGAAAAAUAUCUCCGUCUCUUCAGAAGGCCUCAGUGCCUCUCAUAGACUCGGCUAAGUGUUCCAGCCCCACGAUCUAUGGUCCUGUCAUAACCAACAGGAUGAUUUGUGCUGGUUUCCUGGAGGGCAAAGUGGAUGCCUGCCAGGGAGACAGCGGCGGCCCUUUGGUGUUUUUGUCCUCUCGCUGGAAUCUGGUGGGAGUGGUGAGCUGGGGCGUUGGCUGUGCCAGGGAGAGAAGGCCAGGCGUCUACAGCAACGUGGAUGAGCUGCUGAACUGGAUACACACGGUCAUGGAGAAAAACUCCUGAUGUCCUACAUGCUGACCAGCAGCCAGUAAAAAUCGCUUCAGAGAGACACUGAAGCUGAAAAGAGGCCUUUGCUUCAACAUGGAGGGUCAGAGGAACAGAAAAGGGACCUCCAAGUGAAGCUGAAAAUGCUUCUCAGCAGUAACACAGAAUAACACUCAAACACAAUCAUCUGAAUGUAUGUAGCAUGGAGACACACACACACACACACACACACACACAUGCAAUAUUGGAUGAAGUUGCCCUAGAAUAAUGUUCACAAAUCCAUGUUUUGUCAUGAAAACAAACAGUGUUGACUCAAAUUAUUUUCAUGAUAACGGUUAAUGUUUAAGUUAAGUAACGGUUAAGGUGGUAAUUAAAACUUUUGUAACAUGUUUGUAAUGAUGGUGAAGAAAACAUCUAUCAUUUCCAUAAAUCUGAUCUGGGAUCAGCAUUGUCAAAUCACACUUGCAUACUGUAUAUACACAUAUACACACUAAUAUACUUACCAAUGUAAGUAUAUUAGACAGACAGACAGACAGACAGACAGACAGACAGACACACACACACACACACACACACAAAACAUUUCACUAAAGCUUGUUUUGGGUGUUGUUCAUGCCUCUUCAGGUUCUUUAGUACACAGAAUCUCAGGGUGUAAAAUAUAUAUCUGUGUUUGUCAUAGCAGAAUGGGCCAUUGCUAAAGCUCCAAACACACAAUCCAAUUCCAAUAACACUUUUAUACUCAGUUUGUGCUACACCUGUUUUUAAAUAAUAGAAUAUUUUAUCACCAACACAUACGCAGCCCGGAGAUCUGAGCCAAAUGUGACUAUGAUUUAGAGGUGUGCAAUGUGUGAUGGUGAUGUUUCAAAAUCAUGUUGUAAAAUUUAAUUUAUUCAGGUUUGCAGAAUUUACUUUGUUGUGGAACCCAUUUGCAAAGAUUAAAGACGUCGUAAGCCUGUGCCAUACUUAAGACAAAAGGAGUGAAUGAAAAGCUUAACAAGUCAAGGGGUUGAAAGCACUCUCGGUGCUGAGAUUCAGCUGUUCUGAUGCUUUCUGUUUGCUCCAGUUAAGGGGCGAUGCACCUUUUUACUGCCUCUUUCCACAGAUUGAAUUACAAGAGCACUUUAAGUGGGGAGUCAGCAUUACUUGAUAUAACGCGUAGAUGAUUCAAGUAAAAUGAAAAUUA